GAAAGAAUUAGUGUAAUUAAAAGAGAAACAGCUCAAUCAAGACUAUUAUUAUAACAUCACUAAAGAUCGUUAAGUUUACUCCAUUACUGUCAAUCUAUCUAACUAACCAAGCUGAUAAUACCCUAAUUGACGGACUGAAUUAACACUAAUCCCUUCUAAUCCCUAUCACAACAACUCCCACCUAGCUCCUAAACUCCACACAAAAACUGACGCGAUUAUAACAGAUUAGCUCCCUAAUGCUCCUCUGAAGUUCCUGAAACAAACAAGAGGCUUGUGAUCACAAACUGGACUGGGAUUAGCUAAUCCAUUUAUUUAAAUAAGCCAGUGAGAAAAAAAAUAUCCUUCUGUGGCUUCUAGAAGAGAUACUUCUAUAGUUUGUAGGUUUUGGUUCAGUUAUUGGUGGGAGUGGACGUAAAACCACAGAAACGAACAAACAACGGUUCAGUUCAGUUUACAGGAUUAUGUGGACAGUUAAGGAUGGGAAAGUUUCAAUGGAAUAUAGAUCAGAUUUGAGUGUCAGAAAAGAUACUGUAUACAACAAUGAUGAUACUUCCCUGUGAAUAAUAAAUUUAGCAGAAGUCUUCACAAUCAACAUGUCUGCUAUUGAUAGUAUAAAUAUUUCUCUCGAACAUGAUAUAGAUGAACAAUAUCAAUACCAACCAGGGGAAAUAGUUCGUGGAUAUAUCUGUGUGAUGUUACGUCGUCCAACACUUAUUCGUUCCGUAUACCUCAGUAUUUAUGGUGAGGGAAAUGUAAGCUUUGAAGAUGACAGAACCGGCGAUGUCCAUCAGGCCCAGGAAACUUAUAUUGACUCGUCGUCCAUGAUUGUUGAGGCCAACAGUGGUCGUCCCUUAAGUCUUCCAUCAGGAAGUAAGAAUUUCCCGUUCGAGUAUCAACUGCCGGAAAAUCUUCCCUCAUCUUUUAUAGGAAAAUAUGGAAGUGUUACGUAUAUUCUUAAAGGAACUGUUCAAGGCAUCAAAUCAAACGACACAGGAAUAACUAGUGAACCAUUUCUGGUUUUACAGAAAAGACCGUUACCUGCAUCGAUAGAAUCACCAAUUUUGUUAAAAGGAUCGAAACGGGUGUUGAAGGGAUGUUCAUUAGGCAAAAUAUCUGUCGAAGCCGGCGCAGACAAACAUGGAGGAAUUCCUGGUGAGGAUAUUUUUAUACAUGCUGAAGUAAAAAAUCGCAGUGCAAGACGCAUUAAUUUGAUCCAGGCUGCCAUUGUUAUGAAUAGCAGAUAUCACGCCGACAAGAAAACUGUAACUUUCAGUCAAAUCGUCAAUCGUAAGAAAGAUGAAACAAAUAUGGGAGAAAAUGAGGGUCGACGCUGGCUGCAUUCACGUCUGACAGUACCGCCGUAUAUUCCAGAAACUCGUCUAGAGCAUUGUGACAUCAUUGAGAUAUCGUAUACUUUUCAGUUCCGUGUGGAGAUAUCUGGAGGCGCUGAAAUUUGUUUGGAAAGUCCUCUCUUGAUUGGCGCUCAUCCAGACGGCCUUGAACUUCCAGAUAAACAGACGAUGAAUAAGAUGGUUAAUAGUCAAUGGACUGUACGCGAUAAGGGACUAGGAUUAGAUUCCGAGCAAAUCGCCAUUGAUGAAGAUCGUGACAUCAAUAACUGGCACGGGGGAGUGAUUCCUGAAUUACGAAGCGACUCAGCAAUAUCAAAUCCAUUAUUCAGACAAGGUUCCUUUUUGAACAAUAACGGAAAAUAUCCAGAGGAAAUGAAAAUCAGAAAACGAUCUCGACAGCAGAGCGAUCGGGUUGAAAUAAUGGAAAGUACAAAACUAUGAGAAUAGUUUAUUUUAAUUCCAAAAUCAAAAUGACCGGAACUGAAAUGGACAAAUGGUAUUAAAGUGUGUUUUUGAAAUUGAUUAAAUUGUGAAGAUAUUCCGAGAGGAUAAGUGAUUCAAUAUAUUUUAUAGGAAUAAAAUAUGGAGUAUGAACACUUCCAAACAUUCACUGUAUUUUCCCUUCAUUUACUACUCCCACUACUGUUAGAGUUUUUGAUUUUGUGGCAUUGCUUAAACCAUCCGAUAUGUGGCAUUGCUUACACCAUCUAAAUAUGUGACAUUGCUUACACCAUCCAAUUAUGUGGCAUUGCUUACACCAUCUAAAUAUAUGACAUUGCUUACACCAUCUAAAUACAUGACAUUGCUUACACCAUCUAAUUAUGUGGCAUUGCUUACACCAUCCGAUUAUGUGACAUUGCUUACACCAUCCGAUUAUGUGGCAUUGAUUACACCAUCUAAUUAUGUGGCAUUGCUUACACCAUCUGAUUUAUAAAAUAAACCUGUAUUAUCAUGAUCAGAAUUUGUGAUGAAUUUCAACAUAACACAACCAAGUGGUUUGUGUGGAUUCCAUUCUUGUGAAGGUUAUACAGGAUUGAAUUAUCAACAUUCAUAUUUAUUUAGUGACACUCCAUGGAUUUUUUGAUAUAUGUUCGUGUUUUAUGUUCUGGUAACCAUAUAAAUGGAUUAGCAAUAUUAAUAAUUCACUCAUGGAGAUUUUACUGGGACAUAGUAGCCAUAUAAUGGAUUAGCAAUAUUAAUAAUUCACUCAUGGAGUUUUAACUGGGAAGAACUUGGAUAAAGCUUAAUGAAAUAUUGGAAGUUUUAGUAAAUAUUAAAUUAUUUUGCAUGUAAAAAAUGAAUUAUGGUCCAAUCAGUGCCAAGACAUGAGAGUCAAACAUGAUCACAUUUUAUUGUAUAUUAAUUAUUUUCAUUUUUACAUUAAAUUUAUCACAGUU